UCAGAUGAUUGUGAUCAGAAACAGAUAUUUCCGCUAAAAAAUAGUCCCAAAUUAGAUUCUUCUGGAGAGGAUGAAGUUUAAGUUAGCCACGAGAGAGAUUGAAAACAUGUGGCUGUGUUAUGUAAAGAGACCGAGUCACACGAACAACUCCUCCCACACGCCAUUUCUCCUACCACUCGGACCUAACAAACCAAAACCCGCCACGUUUAUCUGAAACCCGAGUUCCCGCGAGUUAGGGAUCUUUACUUGAAGGAACCAGACAUGAUCGCAGAGUCACACAUACACAUACACACACAAACCUUUAGAAGUGUUUUGUCGUCCCCCUCGUAUAGAAUCCAUUGUGGGGCGACACAAACAUAAUAUCUUCUUUUUUGCUUAUGCUCUUCUUGAUCUUCUCUCAUAAGAUUUGUUUCUUUCAGGUGGAUUUAGCUUUCCCAUCUAAUUAGUAAAGAAAUAAUACUCUUUUCGAUCUAAAGUAUUAUUUGAUCUUGACUUAUUUCAGAAGGGAGAAGAAGACCAAGAAGAAGAUAAAUGGGAGGAAUGAAAGAUGAGGCGAAGAGGAUAACAAUUCCUCCAUUGUUCCCAAGGGUUCAUGUGAAUGAUACUGAACGAGGAGGCUUGUCUCAGCCAUUUGAUGGCAAAACAAUGUCUCCAUAUAAACAUUACAUUCUUCCAUCUCCGACCGACAAGAUCUCUGAUUCUCCUUCCACUCUCUCACUGUCUCUUCCUCCUCCAGCCAACAACGCUUGUCUCCAGACUGAUCGACCUGAAAUGAAUCAGUUAUCACCAACCUACAACACUUCUCCAGCAUCAAAUCUUGAAGGGAAGGUGGAUAAAAAAGGCAUGAUUUAUCCAAGUCCUAGAGGAUCAUCAGUUAAACCUAGUUCAAUAAAACAAAAUGAGUACAACCUUACCAACUUGGAUUCUCUUAAGGUUCCUGUUUUUAGACUCCCGGAGACAGAUCCAAAAGCAAACACAGAUUUGUCACUACAGUUUCAUAGUAGCUGUACCAGUAAAUCAAGAGGAGAAGCUGCUGGUUUCAAACCUCUCCUGAACAAUCUUGAUAUUCGAGAAUUACUUUUGCCACUACAAUGUUUGGAAGAUGAAAGCAAUAAUGGGUCUCUUAGUGUGAUGAAAACUCAACUGUAUAGAAGAAGAACCCCCAAAACUGUGCCUCCACGUGAGCAAGAAGCCUCAGACUGCUCUGCAAUAGACUCUUUGUCUGGUAUGAGUGCAGCUUCUAAUGAUGUUGCCAGAGUGAUAGGUGAGAAGAGAUUUUGGAAGAUGAGAGCUUAUAUGAUCAGCCAGCAGAAGAUCUUUGCCACUCAAGUCUUUGAGCUGCAUAGACUGAUAAUGGUUCAGAAAAUGGUUGCAAAGUCGCCAAACUUGGUUCUCAAAAGUAAGAUCAAUGGUGGUUCAAAGUUUAAAAGACCGAACACCGAGAAUCAAAAACCUGUAACCGAAGCCUAUCCAGAGCAUAUGAAACCAAAGAUUCCUUUACCUUUCAUAAGCAAAGAGCUCAUGACCCCAAUUUGGCAACAACAGCUACUUCCUCCACAAGGAAACCAGUGGUUAGUUCCUGUAAUGUCUCCUUCAGAAGGUCUGGUCUAUAAACCAUACGCAGGUCCAUGUCCUCCUCCUCCUUCAGCUUUCAUGGUUCCUAUUUAUGGACAAGAUUUGCCCUCCAGGCUCCCUGCUUCUACUCAGUUUAGCCACAACUGCUUCCCACCGAGGACAACAGUACUUGACCAGACAAACCCGUUUGGUCAGCUUCAAAGAUGGUCAAGCACAUCUAGCCACAUGACUCAAGCGAUUCCGUUUUCGUUAAAGAAGUCUCAGGAGUCUAAUGACAGUGAGGUACAUGGAAGUACAGCUUCAAGUCCACCAGAGAAGCAUAAAUUUGAUGUCCUUCCACUUUUUCCUACAGAGCCUACACAUCACACUGAUGAGUAUGAGCAGAAACAGCAACCAAUGUCUCGUGCAAUUAAAGCCAUUCCUCAUAACUCAACAUCUGCCUCUGAAUCUGCUGCAAGAAUUUUCCGUUCUAUUCAGGAAGAAAGGAGGGACUCAGAUCAUAUGAUUAGUUAGUUUUCUUACUUUCUCCACAUUCUUUUUAUUUAUAAUUUCUUCUUCUUAUACUUUAGAUUUUAUACUAUUUACUCUUCAUGAGAAGAUGUAAAUCAAUACUGUCACUAUACAUAAAGCAUACACACAUCUUAUACUGAAAUUGUAUUGACAAACAGCAAAUAAAUGAUAGAUUCUUUUGUUCUA